AUGCCGUAUUUGAAUGAGCAAGGCGUGCCCGAGUACAUGCAAGAUGCAUUGAACCAAAUUCUGCAAAUACGCAUUCGUCGACAAAUGCCAGUCACGAAAUAUCCCACUUCGCCGAAAGAACCGAUUAAUAUCGCUCAGUUUUUGGGCAAUUAUUGCAAAAGCGUCGCGAACGGAACGCACCUUUUCAAAAGGGAGUUUGAAUUUAUCACCCUAACGAGCAGAAAUCGCCUCCAAUUCCUUCGCCUUCUUGAAAAGUCGUUUGCAGUCGGGCUUGGCGAUGAAACGCUCGGAAUCGCCGAUUUUCACAGCUUAGUGGAGCUUCUUUGCCCGGAUUUCCCAGAAGCAAUUUGCCAUGACGUCUACGAAAUAAUAAAAGACGAGGAAAAGACGUUAGAAAAGAUUCUCGUCCAUCUGAGAUUCCGACUUCUGUUUUUGGAAUUUGUUGAUCGGGCGAAAGAGAAAUUCAGUGACCCCGAAGUGACUCUUGAAAAAAUUCUCGACGACUUAUCAGUUGUUGCUGGAACUCUUCGUGAUAAUUUCCUGCCCUCCCCGAAGAUCUACUCUCUGAAGGAACACGUGCCAAAUCUGAAAACUGAAGGAGCUAGUAGAGCGUGGGAGCUUUUUGCUAUUCUUUCAAAAGAUCCUAAAGUUAUCUCCCUUAUUGACUCACUGGAGUUUGACAGUGUGUGA